GAUUGUCAGUCCAAAGAGGGAGAGAGGAAAGAGGGGAGUGUGAGGAGAAAGUACAAGGCCAGGAAGAACCAGUGCUCUGCAGUUUGGAAACCAGUAUAUCUACCAGGCCAUGCCUCGCAUGCUGUCUCUUUGGCUGGACUUUGGAGCUAAAGUGUGUGAAUGUGAGAAAGCUGGGCGAGCAGACAGACAGAUGCAACAGGAGCUGAGUAAAAUCAACACAGUAGUGAGCGAGCACUGCGCUAAGCUGGCGCCGUACCAGUUCCUGACCGCAUUUUCCCAGCUGAUCUCCAGGGUGUGUCACUCCAGCGAUGAGGUCUUCAAUGUCCUCAUGACCAUUGUGGCCAAAGUGUUCCUCACAUACCCCCAGCAAGCUAUGUGGCUAAUGACUGCGGUGUCCAAGUCAUCCUACCCCAUGCGCAUGAAACGCUGUAAUCAGAUCCUUAAGAAAGCCGUCAGUCUUGAACAGUCCCUGGAAAAAGUCAUUGGAGAUGCCAACUGACUGACAGACAAGCUUUUGGAGCUUUGUAAUAAACCGGUGGAUGGUAACAGCACCACCACCAUAGGUGCCUAUAGCCUAAAGGGUUCGGAUGGUCGGGGUUACACCAUGAUGUGUAAACCUAAAGAUGACCUGAGGAAGGACUGCAGACUUAUGGAGUUCAACUGUCUCAUCAAUAAGUGCCUCCGUAAAGAUGCUGAGUCCAGACGGAGGGAGCUACACAUCCGGACUUAUGCUGUGAUUCCCCUCAAUGAGGAGCGCGGCAUCAUCGAAUGGGUUAACAACACUGCCGGGUUGCGGCACAUUCUCACAAAGCUGUACAAAGAGAGAGGUAUCUACCUAUCAGGUAAAGAGCUCAGGAAGCUUAUUCUUCCUAAGACAGCUCCCUUUGAGGAAAAACUGCGAAUCCACAAGGAGGUGCUGUGUGCUCGACACCCCAUCUUCUAUGAAUGGUUCCUCCGGACCUUUCCUGACCCCACGUCAUGGUACAGCAGUCGUUCAGCAUACUGCCGCUCCACUGCUGUGAUGUCCAUGGUGGGCUACAUCCUGGGUCUGGGAGAUCGCCACGGAGAAAACAUCCUCUUUGAUUCCUUCACUGGAGAAUGUGUUCAUGUAGACUUCAACUGCCUCUUUAACAAGGGGGAGACAUUUGAUGUGCCAGAGGUUGUUCCCUUUCGUCUGACGCAAAACAUGGUGCAUGCUAUGGGGCCCAUGGGCAUCGAGGGCCUCUUUAGGCAAGCCUGUGAGGUUACGAUAAGACUAAUGAGAGACCAAAGAGAGCCACUCAUGAGUGUGCUGAAGACCUUCCUUCAUGAUCCCCUGGUGGAGUGGAGCAAACAAGCCAAAGGACUAUCAAAAGCUCAGGCCAAUGAGACAGGAGAGAUUGUUAAUGAAAAGGCUAAAACCCACGUGUGUGACAUUGAGCAGCGCCUGCAGGGAGUGAUUAAGAGCAGGAAUAAAGUGCUGGGUCUUCCUCUGUCAAUUGAGGGGCACGUCCAUUACCUCAUACAAGAAGCCACAGAUGAUAAACUACUGUGUCAGAUGUAUUUAGGCUGGGGGCCUUACUUGUAGAAAGAAAAAGCACUCAAUUCAGAAGAUUAUAUUGCAAUCUAAGCACUUUUGACUGUUUGUUCCUGAGCCUUUUUCCGUUUUGAGUUACUAAAAAAACAUUGAAAAAUGCAGCACUGUUGUACAU